UUAAAUAUUGUAUUAAAUAUAAUAAAUUUAUAUAAAUAAAAAUCUUACAUUUAAAUAUAUAAAAUUUAUUAUUUCUGUAGAUUCAGAAAAAAACUCUUCUUAAAAAGUUAUAAAUAACUGUCAUUCAGUAAUUAAGAUAAUAAUAAUGAUUUUAAAUCAACAUUGCGUGUUAAUAAUAUUUUUUGGGAUAUUUUGUAAUGUACAAUUUAUGACGUGUAGUUGGUUUAAAUGGACAUCGACACAAAAACCAAAACCGGACACAGAAGAACUUAAAGUAGCAUUCAAUCUUGAUACUGGAUUUUCUUAUGGUAAUAGCCUUGAAAUGUUAGAUAUGGAGUUAAGUGAAUUGAAAGAUAGGAUAAUCAAGGAUGGAAAACUAGGAAUUAAUGUGUCCACUAGACCACAAGUUAUAUACAACGAUCUUUAUUGCAGUGAUUUAUUUAAUCUUUUACAAUACACAAGAAUUAUUCAAUCUUUAAUAGAACAUAAUUCUACUUAUAAUACAGAUAAGUUCGAUUAUUUAUUGUUGAAUGAAUCAACUAUUCAACACAUGCUAGCUGUAGUAAUAAAGUUAGAUCUAACGGAACAUUUACACUCGUUUUGGAAUUUGUACAUGUUUGCAAUUUACAUAAAAAACUUGAGGAUGGUCGAUAAUUUUUUAGUGAUAUCCCAUGUUAUUGAUGUGCUAGAUUGUAUAAUAGAUUGUUUAUCGUGUUAUACAAAUAAUUUUUGUCGAAAAAAUAAUAAAUACAAUUCAUUUGAUAAACUUAACGAAUUAGAUUUUAAGCUAGAAAAAGAGAAGAUGUUAAUGAUAGAAAAAGUAAAGGCGGUAAUGGUAAGUAGAAAUAUUAUUAAUAAAAUCCUACUGCACGGUGAAGAAGUAGAAAUUUGGGUUUCUCUUAAAAAAAUUUAUCUUUACGAAAUUCUUCAAAAUACAGAUAUUUUGAAAACUAUAAUAAUGGAUUUCGGGGAACAAAGUCAAAAAAGUUAUUAUGAUAUCAUUAAGGAUAUUAAUGUGGCAUAUAAAGAUGCCCGAAAUUAUUAUUGGUUUGAUGUUUGGAUCACAAAAAUUAAAAUUUAUCAUGAAAAAAUCUUUAACAUAUUCCGAGUCGUAACUUUACAUUUAAUUAGAAAGCAUGUAAUGUAUUUAAUAAAUAAGAAAGAAAAAAUUGUUAAAAAGUAUAAUAAACUAAUGUGGAAUUUCUUUGAUUCUAAUUUUUAUACAUUUUAUUUUAUGAUAUUUUCUGAUAAUACAGACUUUGAAAGUAUCUCAACAUUAUUCCAAAAUACACCAAGUAAUUCAAAUGAAUCAUUUGAUAACUUAAUUUCUAAUAUUAUAUCAAACAUUGAAAACAAAAUGCAAACAUGCUUUGUUGUUAAGUCAUUUAAAAUAUUACAAAUAAAAGUAGAUGACGAAAUGUAUAACUCAAAUUCAAUUAAUAACACUAAGAUACUUAGGUCAUACGUUCAAAUAAGCAAAGAAAAAAAUGAUGAAAUAGAAAAUUUUAAAAAAAAUUCAGAUAUCAAAGGCUUGAAUGAUAACUUCGAACGGUUUCAUAUAUUUUUAGAGUAUUUUAUGAAAAUAUUUAUAGAUAAACACAAAUUUAAGGUUUUUCGGUCAUUCAUGAAAUUUAGUUCGGAUUACGAAAUAAUGAAAGAUCGGAGACCACAAAAUUUAAAAGAAGAAAGAUAUCUUGAUCUUUAAUAAAUAUAUUAAUAUCAUUAUAAUGACUUAUGUUUUUACAAUUUCAUUAAAAUUCAUAAAAAUCUAAAUUUAAUCAUGAUUUCUAAAUUGUAUCAGAUCGUUGGUAAUGUGUAUUUUUUUUACCUGUAAAAUUAUGAAAAAUUAUCUUAUGAGCUCUAAGUAAUGAAAUUAAUUAUUAUAUUAUAUUUAACAAACUAUGAAUUUAUAAUUAUAUUCGUAUUCAAGUCCACUAAAGUAAUCAAAU